UGGCAAGAUGGUGUAUGUGGCUGUAAAACCAAAAUCAAUCACAUAUGAAAAUCCAGUUCCGCUAACUGGAUCACAAUCAAGACUGCAGCUGCGCAGUAGAAGCCCUGCACAGUUUCUAGGCAACAGAUAUAGCUUUGGUCCUUGGCUAUAGCCAGGCAAAGAUUCCUGUGUACACAGAACUCUGGAUUUGGUCAGAUACAGAAGCAGUCGUGAAUGAGGUGCUUGCGGCAGAGGACCUGGGCUGUUGGUUAGGAUUCCCAGGAACGUCUUAAUUAGAGAUCUUACUAUGAAGAAGCUCUUCCCCUUCAGGGGAAAGAGGAAGACAGAUGAUUCUCAUAGCCACCUCUCAGACCUGUCCAUUAGCCUAGCCAGUACCACGCCCAGCCUGUCCACAGGUGGGGGAUAUCAUCUUCGAGAUAAGCCCUUAAAGAAACUCCAUAAAGCUGCUUCAGUUGGCAAUGUGCAGAAGCUGAAGGAUUACCUCGAACGCAAGAAAUACGACGUGAAUGGGCGGGACAAAAGAAGCAGAACACCUUUGCAUUUCGCCUGUGCUAACGGAUAUACAAACAUUGUCUCUCUCUUAAUUGAGAAUCAAUGCAAAAUUAAUGUCCAGGAUAGUGAAAACAGAACCCCAUUGAUUAAGCAGGCAGCAGAGUGUCAACAGGAGAGUUGUGCUACUCUUCUUCUACACCAUGGUGCAGAUCCAAAUCUGGGAGAUAUUUAUGGUAAUACUGCUCUCCAUUAUGCUGUUUGUGGCCAAAAUAUCUCAUUAGCCAAUAAAUUGCUUGACUACAAAGCCUAUCUUGAAGCCAAAAAUAAGGAUGGCUACACCCCGCUUUUACUUGCUGUUGCUGAAAAUAAUGAAAAUAUGGUAAAAUUCCUUCUGAAGAAAGGAGCCGAUGUAAAUGCAUCAGAUAAAAACUACAGAACAGCCAUCAUGAUUGCUCUGAUUAUUGAACCAACAAAUUCUGUAAAACUUCUUCUUCAGCAAGAUGCAGACCUAGCUUGUGAAGAUAUUUAUGGAUUUACAGCUGAGGAAUAUGCUUCAUUUAAUGGCUUUACUAUGUAUCAUCAGUUAAUUGCCAGUAAUGAGAAAAAGAAGAAAACCGAGCAAACAGCUCACUGA